AUGGCGGAGUCAGACGGUUUCGCCGAUUGUAAGGACGCUCCCGUUAUCUCUGGAGAGGUAGCGAAAGUGGGAAUGCCAUUGCGCUGCCCGGCAUUUACUCCGGAGGAACCAGCAUUAUGGUUCGCGCAGCUUGAAGGCCAAUUUAUUCUGUCUAGGAUAACCAGUGACUCGACAAAAUUUUAUUAUGUAGCCACACAACUUGAGACUGAAUACGCCAAACAAGUUAAAGAUAUAAUCACCCAACCUCCAGAGACGAACAAGUUUGAGAAGCUAAAAUCCGCCCUUAUCAAUAGGCUGUCUGCGUCUCAGGAAAAGCGGAUCCAGCAGCUCCUCCUGCACGAGGAGCUAGGUGAUCGUAGGCCUUCGCAAUUCUUGCGACACCUACAGGGUCUCGCAGGCCCUUCGGGUGGCUCCGAUUUUGUGAAGAGUGUCUGGACUAGUCGUUUACCCCAGAAUAUUCAGACUGUCAUCGCGUCGCAAAUAUCUGAAUUACAGGUGGAGAAGUUAGCGGAAAUCGCAGAUCGUGUGCACGAGAUAGCACCGAUGACACCGCAGGUCGCGAGCACCUCUUCUGCUGCAAGUACUGCUUCUACGGACCUGGCGGCGCAAGUGAGCGAGUUGACAAGACAGGUAGCCGCACUCAAGUCACAACUGAGCAGCAGAGGGAGGCAUCGCUCGCACUCACGAUCUAGCGAGAGCCGUCGAAGGUAUGACCGAUCUAGCUCUAGACUGAAAGACCCACCCAAGAAUCAUCCGCACUGCUUCUACCAUUUCAAUUACGGAGCGAGGGCGCAUAAAUGCAGGAGCCCCUGUAACUUUACGGCGGGAAACUGCAAGGGCAGUCGCAAGUAG